UCUUUCUCGAACCCCUCCCGAGAACGUCGGGUCCAUUUAGAAACAUUGGAUUGGGAAUAACUGGAUCUUAUAGGACUUAUAUGGUGGCUAGAUCUACAUAGACUGGAUAUCAAAAGAAAACACGGAGGAUUGGAAGCAAGGAAACACCACAAUGGCUGUGCAAUUAUCCAAGGAUACCCUCCGCGACCAGUUCGUAGGCAAGACACUGAACGAUGUGGUUACGCCCCAAGUUGUGCUGGACCUGGCUAAAGUCGAGGCGAACUGCAACUUGAUGCUCGAGGCUGCGGAAAGACUACAACUUAGCUGGCGAGCACAUAUCAAGACUCACAAGACAGAGGAGCUCACAAGACUCCAAGUAGGAGACAAAUCCUCGUCUCCGGUGAACCUAAUAGUGUCCACCAUAAUCGAAGCCGAGAAGCUCAUCCCCUUACUCAAAGAGUACCAGGAGAAUGGGCGGAAGGUCAACGUCCUCUACUCCUUCCCGCUCUACCCAUCCUGCAUCCCGCGCCUCGCCGCCGUCUCCGCGGCGCUAGGCGCCGGCGCGCUAUCCGUGAUGGUCGACCACACGGCACAAGUACCACUCCUCCACACCCUCCGCGCUUCCGCGGGACACUCGCCUCUCGUCUUCCUCAAAGUGGACGUCGGCGGGCACCGGGCAGGCGUGAUUCCGGACACGCCCUCAUGUUCCCAGUUAAUCGACGCGCUGCUCGCGUCCGAGGCGGAGGGCGAGUCGGAGCUGCUAGGCGUGUACAGCCACGCGGGCCACUCGUACGCAUCGCGGCGCGACUGGGAGGCCAUGAACUACCUGUCGCAGGAAUUCGAGGGCUUGCGGCGCGUCGCGGAGCAGGUGAAGGAGAGGCGGGCAACCGGGCGCGAUCCCUUGGUUUUGAGCGUGGGCGCUACGCCGACGGCGACUACGAUCCAGCAUCCGGAUUUGAUGGGCACGGGCGCGGACGGUGACGCUAAAGCUGCGGGAACUAAUGGGGAUACCAACGGCGACGCAGCAGCUGCUGCUAACGGUACCAACGGCACCACCACAAACGGCAACACCACAUCCCCGUCCCUCCUAACCCCCGUCCCAACAACGCACCUCAAAACCCUCCUAAAAACCCUAAAAUCACGCACCUUCACCCUCGAAGUCCACGCCGGCGUCUACCCAACCCUCGACAUCCAACAACUCUGCGCGCACGCGCGGGACUCCGCCACGCUAAACGCCUCCUCCAUCGCCGUCACCGUGCUCGCGGAGAUCUGCUCUUUAUACCCGUCGCGCUCCCCCACUCACUCCACCGAGGCUCUCGUAAACGCAGGCUGCAUCGCGUUAGGCCGCGAGCCCGUCGCCGACCUGGGAGCCGUGAAGGGGGAAUCGUACGUAGGCUGGGGCGUGCUCAUGCCGUGGGGCGAGCUGAGCGACACUUUACCGGCGCCGGGCCCGGGGUUCCCCGCGCAGCACGAGGGCUGGGAGGUCGCGAGCCUGUCGCAGGAGCACGGGAUCUUGCGGUGGGCGGGGAAGGCGGAGGACGAGGUGGCGCUGCGCGUGGGCCAGCGCGUGCGCGUUUGGCCGAAUCACUCGUGCAUCACGGGCGCGGCGCACGCUUACUAUCUUGUUGUUGACUCGCGGAAUGCGGGGAGGGAGGACGAGAUUGUGGAUGUGUGGGUGCGGUGGAAUGGGUGGUGAUUCUAGGCGUCUGAGACCAGUUCAUAUAUAUAGGUAGUUAUAGAAAAGAUACGUAAGAAAAAGGGCAGGGAGGGAUCAGG